GAAUUAUUUUAACAUAUUUAAACUUAGAAUCGUAAUUAAAAAGUGUAGAAAUAUAACAUUUACGUAAUUAAUAUUCGCUAGAAAGGAAUUUGAAUCUAUUCUACGUGGAUAUUCGAAGGUAAAGCUUCAUUCAUAGACAUUUUGUUCUUUUAAAUAGUUAUGUAUUUAAGAGGGAUUUUAAGUAUAUCAGAAGUAAAUGCUUUGUCUCCUGAGCAAUUUGAAUGGCUUUUUGGAAAUGUGGUGGAACAUCAUCCAAAUGCUGCACAACAGGUAGCAUCUAUGAGGCCAUUUACAUCAGUUAGACAUCUCAAAAAUUCGUUUUAUGAAUACCUGGAAAAAUUAGAUAGUAAUGGAAAGGAAAAUUUAUUACUCAGAUAUCCAGAUUUACCGGGAAAAUAUGCGGAAGGGUUAGCUACAAUUGAUUCCGAAUUCGAACGAGAAAAUGUACCACUUCAAAUUAUGUCAAAGGAAGAAAAACAGUUAUUAGGUAGUUAUAAUAACUUGUACAAGGAAAAAUUCCGUUUUCCAUUUGUAAUAUGCAUUAGUAAAAAUGAAGUACAAACAAUUCUUUCAUCAAUACAAAUUCGUUUGCAAAAUACAAGACACAAUGAAUUGAAUGUUGGUAUUCAUGAAGUUAAGAAAAUAUGUAAUAAUAGAAUAGAUGAUCUCAUAUGGUCAGAUGUGUGAUAAUAUGUUUUUUAGAAUAUGUUACGAAAAUGUAAGAUGUAAACAUUUAUUACUUGAUGUAUUCAAUAAUACAGAGACAAUAAUAAAAAUGUUAAAUUAAGAUUUA